ACGGAAAAUAUCAUAGGAAACAUGAAUGUACAAAUAGCCAACCAAAUGUAGCACAUUGGGAAAGUCAAACUGAACAAAGUGCAUGAAAUGCUCUGAAGACUAAGAUGACAUCAGUUUUACAUUCAUUUCCUGAACUCUAGAAUUAAUCUCAAGGCCUGAGCAGCAUGAAGGAUGAGAUAAUGUCUCUGGGGCAGACGUCUUGGUGAAGCAGGGGCUGGAUAGCGUGGCAGACAGAGAGUGCGCAUCUUCUAAACACAGCAGUAGAGAGAGGAGCAGCAGGCAGCACGGGAGCAAACAAUCCGUGAUGGAUCUUUACUUCAGAGGCACCACGUGGAUGAUGCUCUUGCUCUUUAUGAUUCCAGACUUUACCCACAGCAGUUCUUGCCCCAGCAGUUGCCGAUGCAACCCUCAAGGCGCUGCCAUGUGUACUGGCUCCACCAUCACUGAUAUACCGCCUCUGCCUCUCCACACAUACCUGCUGCAGCUCAGUGUUACAAACAUGAAUGUCCUAAAUGAGCGAAGUUUAGCAAAUCUGGACCUCCUGCUGCGUUUCAGUCUCAUAAAGAGUCAUCUACACACCGUCCACCCUCAGGCUUUCCUCGUAGCUCCCCAGCUCAAGUCUGUCAAGCUGUCAUCUAACGAUCUGUCGACCCUUCCUCCUCGAGUGUUCAGUCCACUUGCUGCUCUUGAGCAGCUGCAUCUAGAUGGGAACCAGUUUGAGAACAUUCAUCCAGACAUGUUUGAAGGACUGGGCGGGUUGCAGGAUCUGGACCUAAGCCGCAACAAACUCAGGAGUCUUGAUUCAGACCUAUUUGAAGGACUGACCAACCUCACCUUUCUGAAUCUUGGAAGGAACUUCAUAAAGAAGCUUCCUCCUACCAUCUUUCACUCCUUGACUAAACUUCAGCAGCUUAUACUCUAUUACAAUGAACUAGAAUUUCUAGAAGCUGGCAUCUUUGACAAACUCAUCAACCUCGUGGAGCUAAAACUCCAUCAAAACCAGAUUGCCAGCCUUCCACCUAAAGUCUUCUGGCCUCUGGGGAACCUGAAAAACCUGACCUUAUCCUCCAACCAACUUCAGGCCAUCCCAGAAAAGAGCUUCUACCACAUGCCAAAGUUGGUCAAACUCACCAUUUACAAGAAUCCACUAUUAUCUCUACCAGAUGAGCUGAUGGGUCACAUGCCCGACAUGACAGAGUUCUAUCUAUAUGCCACCAACCUCAUCACGGUUCCUGGAAAUUUGUUCGCUAACAUGUCUGGGCUGCUUAUGCUGAACUUCCAUUUAAAUGACAAUCUGAGGGACCUUCCACCAGAUGUUUUCUGCUGUCUUCCAAACCUUCAGAAGCUCUCGCUAAAAUCCAACAACCUCCAUUAUCUUCAUCCCCAGCUAUUCUCCAAACUAACCACCCUGAAGAAACUUCACCUCAAUGACAAUAAGUUGUAUGGCCUACCAGAAGAUAUCUUUAAGGGUCUUGGAGAGAUUCUUGAAAUUUUAUUGAACAAUAACAACCUCAGCAGUCUUCCAGGAGAUAUUUUUGUGUCUCUUCCAGCUUUGAUGAAUCUGACUCUGAGUGGAAACCCCUGGGAUUGUAAUUGUGCUAUCAGAGGCAUUGCAAGAUGGAUGAGACACAAUGAGCAUGUGCUUUGGGACAGAGAUGACGUGAUGUGUCACACUCCAAUCUACCAGCUGCUGCGUACCGUUGGCUCGCUGCAUGAUGAAGAGUUCAGCUUUUGCAGUGCUACAACAGCCAAGAGUUUUCCUCUACAAGAUUUGAACCGGUCACCAACACAACCACUCCACAUGUUGUCAACCUCUGGACAAACAUCAGCUUUAACUUCCAUAACCACACCCCCCACAACGGCUGCUCGAUCCAAGGAAGCGGCGAUCCAAACCACUCAAGGAGCUACCCAAAAAGUCCCUGACAAAAUAACCACUCAGACUGUAAAAGCAACCACAUCAGAUGAUACAACACUCUCAGCAUCACUUUCCACUGAACUUAUUGGUAAAUUUGCUCAGAACAUGUCACCUCCUUUUUAUGGCAUAUUGGUGAUAGAACCGGGGCCUGAGUUUGUCCACCAUAACCAUCAGAAAGGCUGGGUGUAUGUGUGGUUUCUGCCCUCAAACACGGCUUUGGCUGGGUUCCUCAUGUUCUCUCACAUCCUUCUUCUAGCUGCAGGGUUGUCGCUUAUUCUUGCUACCAUGUAUGGCAUGUAUCGCCUCCACAAGGCCACGUAUAAGCUAAAGGCUGAGUGUGCUCGUCAUGAGGCAAACAUGCUACAGGAGCUUCAAGUUGGUACUUUGGAUGACCUUGUAAACCUGGGAGAGCUGUCACUACAAGACAACCAAAUCACUCACCUCCACCGUGACCUGUUCUCCAAGACUCCAAAACUCCAGAAGCUGUUUCUCUCCAACAACAAGAUCACAUCUCUCCCAGAAGGGAUCUUCCUAAACGUGCCAAAUCUUUCCCAGAUCUCCCUGUAUGAAAACCAGCUGGAGACUCUGGGGCCAAGGGUGUUUGGGCCCACGGCCCUUAAGGAGCUGUGGCUGUAUGACAACAAGCUGAGUCGUGUGGAAGAUGACACGUUCAGGAACCUGACUCAGUUACGCCUCCUGGUCCUCAGUCGUAACCGGAUUAGUUAUGUAUCCACCAGUGCAUUUAGAGGAUUGGAACAGCUGGGAGAGGUAUCCCUGCACACCAAUCUGAUCACGACCCUGCAAGCUGGGACUUUCCAGGUGCUACCAAGACUGGUCAACAUUUCUCUGGAACACAACUUCAUCAAAUCCCUCCCACGUGGUUUCCUCCAGGGUCUGACCCACCUGGGACAGAUAGACCUGCGAAACAAUUCCCUCCCUAACCUACCACAGGAGAGUUUAGACACCCUUACUGCAUCAGAGGAAGUACUCCUCCAGCAAAAUCCCUGGAGGUGUGACAAGGAUAUUCUGCCACUUAGGGACUGGUUGAAGCAGCACCCAUCAAAGACCAACCAAAGCCUUGUGGUCUGUGACGCUCCUUCCAGUCUGAAUGGCGAGAUGAUUGCUUUGCUGGCAGAUGAGAACCUGGUAUCUCUCAGCUCUACUCAGGAGCCCGUGCUGACCUCAACAGAGAAGAGGAGGAGGCCACAUACACCUCCAGCCAAAAGAAGCACUCCCUCACCAGCUGUCAAGACGACCCCCACCUCAGAGUAUGAAAAGAAAAUGUCCAGAGGCGAGAUCAUCGUUUUCUUUCUACUUUUCAUGCCUGACUUUUCACUGGCUGAAACCCAACCAUGUGAAAAGGCGACUGACUGCCCCAAAGAGAACCAGGCAGUUUUUAGCUCAGCUACAGAAAUCCCACGUUCUCUCAGACCCAAAGUGACAGAAGUCUUUUUUUUGGUUAGCCAUAUUACAACAAUACCAAAAGGAGCCUUUGCUGAAAACCCACAGCUUGAAAAGGUGGAGUUCAUAAACAGUAACAUAUCAUCCAUCGAGCUGGGAGCGUUCGAGGGACUGAAAAACCUGAAAAAUAUUGAGGUCUCUGGCAGCAAAUUAACGUCACUCCCAGUAGGAGUCUUUAACGACCUCAGCAACAUGGAGGAACUCGUACUCAAAUCUAACAAGCUUCAAAGACUUGAUAAAGGUUUGUUUGAAGGCCUUAAAAAACUAAGACACCUCCUGUUGAAUUUGAAUGAGAUUAAGUUGAUUGAAGAUGAGACAUUUGACGGUCUUGACAACCUUUUAAUGCUCCAUUUGGGUAAAAACAAUCUCUCUGCUGUGUCAACUCACUGGUUCUCCAACCUAAACAAGCUGGAGGCAUUCCGACUUUAUGAGAAUCAGCUGACCACCAUUCCUGAAGACUUGUUUCAGAAUUUACCAAACUUAAAGGAAAUCAGCUUGCAUGGAAACCAGAUAGAAGAAUUUCCUCCCAAUCUGUUCCCUCAUAAAAACAAACUGACUAAACUGUUGCUGGACAAUAAUCUUGUAACUACUUUUCCUGAGGGGUAUUUUGUUGGCUUCCCUCAGCUUAAAACACUGACCCUGAAGAACAACAGGCUGAAAAGUUUGCCACCAGUGCUGUUUGGAGAAAUGCCCAAAUUGACUGAAUUAAGCCUCCAGCAAAACAAUCUCUCCAGUCUCCCUAAAGGAGUUUUUGGCCCUCUGAAGAAAAUCAGGAAGCUGGACCUGUCGAAGAAUAAAUUCGUCACCUUGUCCCCUGAAUACUUUGAAGGCCCAGAAAAGCUCACAGAACUGAAUCUACAGAACAACAUGAUAGAGUCACUGGAUGAAGAUCUGUUUGAAAAGCUACAAUCACUAGCCACUCUCAAGCUUGCUCACAACAACCUCCAGACGCUUCCUGGAGAUAUUUUUGACCCAUUAGGAAAGCUCAGGAAGCUUGACCUCAGUAACAACCCGUGGCUCUGCGACUGUAACCUGAAAGACUUCCACAGCUGGGUGACCGGAAAUGCUGCAAAGCUCACGUCUCCUCCACUCUGUGAGUGUCCCGAAGAU